AUAUACACAAUAAUUAUUAUUGCGCGUGUGUGCCGUGUGUUGCACUGUUGCGGUGGGGAGCUGAUAGCCGCCGAUUUUGUGUUUUCAUUUCGUUGGCUCCAGAGUAAAGUUCUGGUCGUCUGGUCAGAAGGAACCAAACGGUUCUCGAGAUUCGCYCGUACCAGCCGCGCCUCGCUCACAGCAGCUGCACUCGUCGUCGGUAGUCGUAGUUGUGUUGUGACUUGUGUGACUUUUGAUAUUAUGUCCGGACGGGAAACGACUGCGGAGGACCAGUCUCAGGUAAAAYCGACAGCGAACAACCGGCGCGCGUACAUCGGUACCAGGUUACCUGGUAUUCGUUUCAGCUGAACACAGUCGACGUGUACGGUGCCUACCGAGCACCGACAUCAGCAGUUGUAGUGACAGAAGUCUGUUCACUGUUGUAGCGGUGCAAUUUGUUGACGGUCUUGGUGACUGCUAAAAAUUCAUGUUUCCCGACGAUGCCAGUGUAUAGGUAUUGUUGAACUCAUUGAUAGCGAACCCCGGCGACAGAAUACAGGGAUCAAGGAAGUACCAUUGUCCGUUACCAAUAUGCUCAAAUUCAUCCGAGGCAAAGGCCAACAGCCCUCAGUUGAGAGGCAGAAGAUACAAAAAGACUUGUUUGCCUUCAGGAGGACUCUACAGUAUGGGUUUCCAAAUAAACCAACAGCUCUUUCAUGGGACCCAUUAUUACGUAUUAUGGCAAUUGGAACUUCAACUGGAUCAAUUAAAGUGUUGGGUAAGACUGGUGUUGAAUUCUAUGGUCAUUUACCAUGUUCCGAUCAUGCAAUUACAAAGUUAAUAUUUGUACCAAACCAAGGUCGUUUGGUGUCAUUGUCAGAUGAUAAUAGUCUUCAUUACUGGGAAAUAAAUGACACGGCCAUUGAUGAAGUUCAAUCAUACUUAUUAGAGGGAAAGCUUAAACAAAUAUCAUCUAUAUGCUUGGAAUCUAGUUGUGAAAACUUAUUACUUGGAACUGAAGGAGGAAAUAUAUUUUUUAUUGAUUUGUCAACAUUUGAAUUGUCAGAUAAUAUAAUUUACCAAGAUGUAGUKAUGCAGAAAGUUUCAGAUGAGUAUAAAAAGAAUCCUGGUGCAGUUGAAGUAAUAGCAGAACAACCAGGAAAUCCAAAUCAUAUUUUGAUAGCCUAUAGUCGAGGACUAAUUGUUUUAUGGGAUCGCUUAAAUGCAGUUGCURUAAAAACAUUUGUAAGUAGUCAACAAGUAGAAAGUGUAUGUUGGGAAGAAAAUGGGGAAAGUUUUUAUUCCUCUCAUAAUGAUGGAUCUGUAACACUUUGGAAAAUAAGUGAAACAUCUGAUGAAAAUGAAAAUACAAAGACAAUUUAUGGCCCAUUUCCGUGCAAACCCAUUACUAAAAUAGUUUGCCAACAAUCUGCUCAAGACCUCAAYGAACAAUUACUAAUAUUUUCUGGUGGUAUGCCACGGGCAUGCUAUGGUGAUCGCCAUGCAGUUACUGUUCGAUUGGGAAUUUCUAAACAUGUAGCUUUUGAGCUUACUUCAAAAGUUAUUGAUUUUUUCACAACUACUGCUUCAGUCGAUGAAAAAGGCUGUAGCUUCCUUAUWAUUCUGGCUGAAGAAGAAAUAGUCUGUAUUGAUUUAUCUACUGAAGAUUGGCCAUUAGUUCAAUUACCUUAUCUAGUUUCUAUCCAUGCAAGCGCUAUCACGUUUACUACUUUUGUUUCUGAUUUAAAUGAAGAUCUUUGGAACAAUUUAAUUGCUGUUGGAAACUUACAAAAUGAGAAUAACUUUUCUUCAAAUGAAUGGCCAGUAGAUGGCGGCGAAGCAAAUAUUGAAGAUGAACAAAGUAGAGAUCUUUUAAUAACUGGCCAUGAAGAUGGUUCUGUAAAAUUGUGGGUUGCAAAUUCAACUCCAUUAUUACCAAUACAUGUAUUUAAAUCAUCAUGGGUGUUAGUUGGUGAUGAUGCAGAUAACCGUUCCAGUAAUAGUGUAGCUCCAGAAGAAGAUGAAGAAGAGUGGCCACCAUUUAGGAAAGUUGGAAAUUUUGAUCCUUAUUCUGAUGAUCCUCGAUUAGCAAUUAAAAAAGUUAUUCUUUGUCCUCGAACUGCAACAAUGAUUGUUGCUGGUACAGCUGGCCAUGUUAUAAUUGCCAAAUUUAAUGAUCAGCCAUCUUCUAAUGAAAUAAAGGCUGUUCAAAUGAAUGUCGUUGGGGAAAGUUUUGUGUGGAAAGGUCAUGAACGUUUAAGUUUAAAACAGACUGGAGAUGAAGCUAAUAAUAAUAAUGGAAAAAACAUGACUUGUCUUACAUUUAAAGCUGGAUUUCAACCUUCAUCUGUUUUACAAGUAUACCCUCCUGCAUCAAUUACAGCUGUUGCUUUACAUUCCAAUUGGUCUUUGGUUGCUGCUGGUACUGCUCAUGGCUUAGUACUUUAUGACUAUUAUCGACAAGCUCCUGUUUUAACAAAAUGCACUUUAAAUCCCAAUGAUUUGUCCACUGCUGGAGAUACUCCUAUUUCUAGGAGAAAAUCGUUUAAAAAGUCAUUAAGGGAGUCAUUUAGAAGACUGCGAAAAGGAAGAAAUUCUACCAGAAUAGUAAAUGAUAAAAGAGGAACAAGCAUUACACCGGACAAAAAACGAGAAAAUACUGGACCAAUAUCUCCAAUGGAAGCACGACCUGUUGAACGAGCAAUUGAAGCCAGACCAGUUGAUGAUGCAUUGGGAAGUAUGGUUCGUUGUUUGAGUUUUACAAAAACAUUUAUUGUUACAGCUUCACAUAUUACUCCAACAAUGUGGGCUGGUACCAACAAUGGUUCUGUGUAUAUUUUUACUAUUAGUAUACCUCCAAAUGAUAAACGAAAAGAAAGAAGAGUCACUGCACAACUAGGAAAAGAAGUUCAGUUAAAACAUCGUGCACCUGUUAUUGGGAUAACUGUGAUUGAUGCAGACAAUCGUUCAGUCACUGAAGUUCAAGAAAAUAGCACUCCGGGUAAACCUUUAGAUAUAUGUGGUCCUCACAAAGUCAUUAUUGCAUCGGAAGAACAAUUUAAGAUAUUUUCCUUGCCUAAUUUAAAACCUGUAUGCAAACUUAAACUAACUGCAGCUGAAGGUGCACGAGUUCGCCGAAUGUCAAUGGCCUAUUUUAAGACAAGUGAUUAUGCAGAAAGCUGUCUUCUUUGUUUAACUAAUUUAGGUGAAGUAAUAGUACUUAGUGUACCAGAUCUUCGAAGACAAAUACAUGCUGCAGUUAUUCGUAGAGAAGAUAUUAAYGGUAUUUCAAGUUUAGCAUUCACCCRUUAUGGUGAAGCUUUAUAUUUACAUUCAAGUAGUGAACUGCAACGAAUUUCAGUAUCUGCUACUAGUGUCACUCAAGUUGAUUGUUCUUUGAAUUUACCUACUAGAGAUCGUCCAUCAAAUAGUCGUUCUAUUACCCCUAUUAAUGGUUACACWGAUGACGAACAAGACGAUUUUCCAAAAGUAAAUGGAUUAACAAAUGGUACUCAAGAAAAUUGUGAUAGUAAUUCACAAUUAAACAAUAGCAAUGAUCUCUCAGUCGGUGAUAUUACCAUAGACUCCAUCAAAGACCAUUUGGGAAGUUCAAAUACUAAUCUAAAUGUCACAUCAACAUCAAAUAAUCUUGAUGUUAAUAAUCAUCAGAAAACGGUCACUAAACAUGAAUUGUCAUCUACUACUACAACCACUGUAAAAACGUCAAAUUCUACUACAGUUAUUACUAAUGAAACCAUCACGGUUGAUAAUAUAUCCACAAGUUUAGUUGUAGAAGAUGAUCCACCGACACAGUCCAAAUUUGAGGUUAGCCAGCCCUAAAAGAUAUAUGGCUAUGUGAUGGCUAAUAAGUUUAAUCACACUUCUAAUUUUCACUUCUGUAUGUGAUUAGCAGAUUAGACAACCUUCUUAAAUUGUCUGAAUUUAUGCGCUCAUCCAAAAUUGCUCUUUGCUAAUUUCUGCUACAUACUUAGUCCAGCUUACUAGUAGUAUCAAAAUACUAUUAACUGUAAUCAAUUUAAUAUAUAUUUUAAAUGAAGAAGAGGUGGAUAAUUGGUGUGGGUGAUCAUUUAACAGUUCUUUAAUUUUAUUUGACAAGGAAUAAGGAUUAUGGUUGUUAUUUGUUAUCUAAAAAUAUGUCUAUAUUUUAAUGUUAAUAAAUSUUUA